ACGGCAACAAACUUGGACAUUAGAGUAUUGAAGCAAUGGAAGGCGAGAAAGACAACAAUACAUCUCUCCCAUCUUUGACCAAGCAGUUGGCGAGCUCAACUCUUGGAGGAAGCGCGGACGUUCCCAUCCUUGAUCUAAGCGUUUCUGAUGAAGACUUCUUGGUGCGUGAGGUGACCAAAGCGAGUGAAGAGUGGGGAGUUUUUCAGGUGGUUAACCAUGGGAUUCCGACGGAGCUCAUGCAGCAGCUUCGAAUGGCUGGGAAGCAGUUUUUCGAACUCCCGGAGGCGGAAAAGGAAACCGUGGCGAAAGAUGAAGACUUCGAAGGAUUCAAGAGGAACUAUCUAGGCGGUAUAAACAAUUGGGACGAACAUCUGUUUCACAGACUCUCUCCACCCUCAAUCCUCAAUUAUAAAUAUUGGCCUAAGAAUCCUCCUCAAUACAGGGAGGUGACUGAGGAGUACACAAAGCAUAUGAAGAGGCUAACGGAGAAGAUUCUUGGUUGGUUAUCAGAGGGAUUAGGGUUACCGCGUGAGACGUUCACGCAACGUAUAGGUGGUGAAACGGCAGAGUAUGUGCUUAGAAUCAAUUUCUAUCCGCCAACUCAAAACACUGAUUUAACCAUAGGAGCUGCAGCGCACACCGAUAUGGGUGCAAUCGCACUCCUCAUCCCCAAUGAGGUUCCUGGACUUCAAGCCUUCAAGGAUGAACAAUGGCUGGACCUUAACUAUGUCAACUCCGCCGUUGUUGUUAUCAUCGGCGAUCAACUCAUGAGGAUGACCAACGGGAGGUUCAAGAACGUGCUUCACAGAGCGAAGACGGAUCAUGAAAGAUUGAGGAUAUCUUGGCCUGUUUUUGUUGCGCCACGGGCUGAUAUGUCCGUAGGACCUUUGCCGGAGCUUACCGGAGACGACAAUCCUCCUAAAUUCGAGACUUUGAUAUAUAAUGACUAUAUUGACCAGAAGAUAAAAGGCUGGGCGCUCGAAGAUCUUCCUGUCUACUGAAAAAAAACCUCAAAAAACAGAAUUGUUCAAGUGAUCAUAUCUUGUCUAUUUUGUUUUCGUUCUGUUUUCGAGUUACGUUUUUAUCUUGAGACAAGUGUUUGUUGAUUAUUGUUCUUUCAUCUUCUUCUUUAUUUUUUUUGAGUUUCUAUGUAUGCAUGGUUGUUGAUGUUCUCUCUUUUCUUCUGUACUCUCAGAGGUUUGUUUUCUCUGUAUCUCUCACUUUCCUGUUUCAGUUUCCUUGUUUAGAAAGAGCAAGAAAACGUUUUCCAACUU